AUCUUCUACUCUUCUCGCCAAGUCUCUUUCAAUUGACGAUCAAACUUCACCAUCCCCAAGAAUCAGAGCUCAAAACUACGAUAAUGGAAGGCGAUCAACAGUCGGCGGAUUUCACUUUGGUCACGAGGAAGCCUGGCUUCGGUCUCCCAACAGCUUGCCCUAAUUGUCUUCCCGCUUACAUAUAUCUGAAAUUAGCCCAGCUUCCUUUCGAACUGGCCUUCAAUUCGACCUUCCCUGAUUCAGAUGAAUUGCCGUACUUUGAAAGUGGUACAUAUGUUGCAUACAACAAUGAAGAUGGAGGGGUGAUUGAGAAACUGAAGAAAGAUGGGAUUGUCAAUUUAGACUCUCAGCUCCAGUCUCUUCCGGAUUAUCUAUCGUUGAAGGCUCUUAUUGUUUCUUGGCUGGAAGAAGCGCUUACAUAUGAACUAUGGGUUGGUACCGAGGGAAUAUCUGUAUCGAAGAUCUACUACUCAGAUAUUCCUUGGGUGAUCAGCAAGGUCCUCUUCUAUAAGCAGACAUACAUAGCCAAGAACAGUUUAGGUAUCACCAAAGAAAACGCAGAGCAAAAGGAAAAACUGAUAUACAAGAGGGCAAGUGAGGCAUAUGAAGCUUUGUCGACUAGGUUAGGCGAGCAGAAGUUUCUCUUUGAAGACAGGCCUUCGAGUUUGGAUGCUUUCUUUCUCUCCCACAUGCUUUUUAUAAUCCAAGUAUUACCGGAAACAUCAGUGCUUCGGUGCAAACUUCUGGAACAUAGUAAUCUUGUCAGAUAUGCUGAGAAACUCAAAUCCGAGUUCCUCGAGGGCUCUUCUUCAUCUCCUUCGCCUCCACUUCACUCAUUCCCUUCCUCAUUUUCCAGAAAGGGUUCAAAGCCAAAGAGCAAACCAAAGACAGAAAAGACCGAAGAGGAGAAAAAAUUCAAGAAACGAGCAAAAUUCUUUGUAGCUGCUCAGUUUUUAGCCGUCGUUCUUUACUUAUCCGUUAUGGGAGGAGGUAGUUCCAAUGAACUGGAGUACGAAGAUGAAGAUUACUGAACACUAAGGCUUCUCUUCUCAAAUGAACCAGUAGCUCUCAGGCAAACUCUUUAUCCUCUUCUUCCUAGUCUCUGUGUGUUUUUUUCUUGAACUCUUUGUUAGGGAGAGUCUACAGAUCUGAGAUUAGUAACAUUAUAAUGAUUUUUGUUCUGAAGGAUAUUUUAUUUUACUGGCUUUUAUACAAAUUUCAGUGGUUACAA